UGCUUGCUUAGAUGAGUGUGGGUAGCAUAGAGCCCAAGAAAUCUUACUUUCAAUUUCCAAAAAUAAACACAACAUUCCAAUUUCAAUAGACGUGUUUUACUGGGAAGGGGAAAAUAUAACAAAAACAAUACAACUAAGUUACCUAAUGGUUUCAAACCUUUUUUUAUGCAGGCAAAAUGGCAGAGUCCAGUGUUCAUAGUAAUCCAAGGAUGAGAAAAUUCUUCACUGUUGUCAGUGGCAAUACCUUGGAUUUUCAUAAGGACUUUUUGGAACAACUCACCAUGCAACGAGACUUUACUGAAGUGAUGACCCCGGAGAAGAGUGAUGUCAUCAUAACUUUCUGUCCUAUCGUCAGUCAUGCUGGGACUGAUAUUGAAGCAGCACUGCAGGAGAUCCCAACUGGUAAACGUGUUGUUUUGGUGGCGAUGCAUCAUUCCUUCAACCCAGACUGCACAGUACCUGACAGUAGCAGAGUGGUGACCAGAGGUGAUAUGCUAACAGUGGACUGUCUGUUCCAUGAGAACCAGGGACUACUGGACUGUCCUCGCAAUACAGAAGCAGUCCGUACGAUUUGGAGUCAUCUGAACAUACAGCCAAUGCUGGAACCACUAAAAGAUUCAUUAAUAAAUAAAUGGCAAUGCGCAUUAUCAAAACUUGCAAAACCAUCUCUAGGUGAGUUGAUUUUAAUUGCUAUGUAUGUUAAUGGUAAAAUAAUUACACCAAUUACAGGAUAGGUCUAAAUGUGUUACAUUCUAUCAUCUCCACAACAUGUUGGAAAUGUACAUUACCAGGCCUAUAACUGUAGCCCUUUGUUGUCCACACAUGAAAUAAGGAAUACAUUUGGUUUAGCUUCAUGCUCUGUGGUCUACCCACAGAAGUCACUGCUCAGUAGCGUUGCAGUUCUUGACACACUCAAAGUGGUGUUCAAAGGCACUUAAAUAUUUUUUCUUGCCCAUUCACCCUCUGAAUGCAACAUGAACACAAACCAUGUCUCAAUUGUCUCAAAGCUUAAAAGUCCUUCUUUAACCUGCAUAAAGACCAUUUAGAUGGAGUGACAGCAAUCGACAUUAAAUUAGAAAAUAUAAACUCAACAUGCAACAGUUUCAAAGAUGUUACUGUGUUACAGUUCAUAUAAGGAAAUCAGUCAAUUGAAAUAAAUUCAUUGCUGUUACUCCUAAUCCAGCAUUUCCCAAACUCUGUCCUCAGGAACCCAAGGGGUGCUUGUUUUGGUUUUUGACCUACCCCCCCCCACAGCCGAUUUAAGACCUAAACUUGAUGAUUAUUUGAAUAUUUGAAUCAUCUGUGUAAUGCUAGGGCCAAAAACAAUAGCGGCACCCCUUGGGGUCCUGAGGACCGAGUUUAGUCUAUGGAUUUCACAUGCCUGGGAAUACAGAGACGCAUCUGUUGGUCACAAAUACCUUAAAUAAAAAGUAGGGGUGUGGAUCAGAAAACCAGUCAGUAUCUGGUGUGACCACCAUUUGCCUCAUGCAGCGCGACACAUCUGUUUAGCUUUGAAUUGAUUGGACUGUUGAUUGUGGCCGGUGGAAUGUUGUCCCACUCCUCUUCAAUGGCUGUGCGAAGUUGCUGGAUACUGGCGGGAACUGGAACACGCUAUUGUACACACAGAACCAGAGCAUCCCAAACAUGUUCAAUGGGUGGCAUGUCUGGUGAGUAUGCAGGCAAUGGAAGAACUCUGACAUUUUCAGCUUCCAGGAAUUGUGUACGGAUCCUUGCGACAUGGGGCUGUGCAUUAUCAUGCUGAAACAUUAGUUGAGGGCGGAGGCUGAGUUCCACGACAAUGGGCCUUAGAAUGCACAGAGAUACCAUGAUGAGAUCCUAUUUGCCCACGAUAAAAUGCAAUUGUGCUCGUUGUCUAAUGGCUUAUGCCUGCCCAUACCAUAACCCCACUGCCACCAUGGGGCACUCUGUUCACAAUUUUGACGUCAGCAAACAUCUCGCCCACACAACACCACACUCUACCCGGUACAGGUGAAAUCAGGAUUAAUCCGUGAAGAGCACACUUCUCCAGCAUGCCAUUGGCCAUCGAAGGUGAGUAUUUGCCCACUGGAGUCGGUUAGGACGCCAAACUGCAGUCAGGUCAAGACCCUGUGUGAGGAUGAUGAGCACGCAGAUGAGCUUCCCUGAGACGGUUUCUGACAGAUUUUCUAUAACUUCUGCGGUUGUGCAAACCCCCAGUUUCAGCAGCUGUCUGGGUGGCUGGUCUCAGACGAUCCCGCAGGUGAAGAAGCCGGAUGUGGAGGUCCAGGGCUGGCGUGGUUCCAAAUGGUCUGCAGUUGUGAGGCCAUUUGAACAUACUGCCAAAUUCUCUAAAACAACAUUUGAGGCGGCUUAUGGUAGAGAAAUUAACAUACAAUUAUCUAGCAAAAGCUCUGGUGGACACACCUGCAGUCAGCAUGCCAAUUGCACGGGAGGGUGCAAUUGUGAAUUGUGUUGUGUGACUAAACAGCACAUUUUAGAGUGGCAUUUUAUUGUCACCAGCACAAUGGGCACCUGUGUAAUGAUCAUGCUGUUUAAUCAGCUUCUUGACAUGCCACACCUGUCAGGUGGAUGGAUUGUCUUGGCAAAUCAGAAAUGCUCACUAACAUGGAUCUUUAAAAAAUUGUUCUCAAACUUUGAGAGAACUAGGCUUUUUGGGCAUAUGGAAAAUUUCUGGGAUCUUUUUAUUUCGACUCAUGAAACAUGGGAGCACCACUUUACAUGUUGCGUUUAUAUUUCUGUUGAGUAUACAGUAUAUCGUGCGUGCAACCAUUCCUUUAACAAAACUCCCCCGACAAGAAGAUACUAUUGUCAAUUGGCGCUAAAGGGAGUUAGCGUCUAUGAAUGGCGUAGAUAUAGGCUAGGCCUGCCGAUGAUAUGGUGUUAUAGGACUGAAUAAUUUCAAUAUGUUUGGAGGAGUGUGUCUAUGGUAACCGGACAAGAGGCGCUCUUUUUGAAAUGGGGAUGGAUACAAGCCGAAUAGAGUAUCCUAUGCACUUCAUGACGAGCUACAGUGUGUGAAUUGUGAAAAAUACAAAAGCCUCCCGAGUAGACCAUUUUAGAAACCUUUUAUGAGUAGGCUUCUUGACUAAUGGAUGGCCAGGAUAAGAAAGACACCAGACACAUUGCUGUUGAAUCUAGCUUUUGUUAUAGUAGGGUAAGGGUAGCCUACCACGGGUCAAACGAAACAGAAUACAAGCAAUUGUUACAGGAAAAUAACACAAUUGUUUCUAAAUAUGAGUGUCACCAGAUCAUCUCUUCUUCCAUGAUGAACAAAUUGCCUACAUGGAGGGGUUUUCACACACAUCCAAAAUAAUAACAGGAGCUGGCUAAAAUAAUGUACAAUAGCCUCCUAGAUAGAUAAAAGGGGAUGGUCCCAAACUUGAUCUUCUAAUAAAACUUUGGUGAUUUAAGAUUUAUUUUAAAGCCGUCUGAUGAGCCAAACCCUUUGUGAUAGUCGCAACUACUUGGCGAAUGCAUUGGGCAGGACAAAAUAAAUAGCUUUCAUUGAGAGGAGGGGAGGCUAUGCUUGGUUUUUAAUAAAUAUUUUAUUAAAAAUAAUCAUUUUAAAAAAAUGUUUCUAAAUACGAGGUUUACUGGUACAAAAUGCACAUCCCUCUUGUUCCAUGGGCAAAUGGUCACUGUAGGUCACAGCUGGAUAGGCUGCGCUUCCGCUGUCAAAAUCCAUGCCAUAAUAGCAAACACGUUACUUCCAAGAGACCAGGUUUUGGUUGGUCUUAAAUAUCCCAUCAGCGCUGCCUGAAAUUGGCACUUUGGCACACAUUUUCAACACCACACCUCACAUAUUGCCACCACUCACACCUCAGCGCAAGCGAAUUCGUACAAGACAGGUAAAUGACCAAUCCUGGCGCUAAGGUUUGAAAACAGAAGAGUGACAGCUUUAACAGGUCGAAAUUGCAAAUGAGUGUGGGUAGCAUAGAGCCCAAGAAAUCUUACUUUCAAUUUCCAAAAAUAAACACAACAUUCCAAUUUCAAUAGACGUGUUUUACUGGGAAGGGGAAAAUAUAACAAAAACAAUACAACUAAGUUACCUAAUGGUUUCAAACCUUUUUUUAUGCAGGCAAAAUGGCAGAGUCCAGUGUUCAUAGUAAUCCAAGGAUGAGAAAAUUCUUCACUGUUGUCAGUGGCAAUACCUUGGAUUUUCAUAAGGACUUUUGGAACAACUCACCAUGCAACGAGACUUUACUGAAGUGAUGACCCCGGAGAAGAGUGAUGUCAUCAUAACUUUCUGUCCUAUCGUCAGUCGUGCUGGGACUGAUAUUGAAGCAGCACUGCAGGAGAUCCCAACUGGUAAACGUGUUGUUUUGGUGGCGAUGCAUCAUUCCUUCAACCCAGACUGCGCAGUACCUGACAGUAGCAGAGUGGUGACCAGAGGUGAUAUUCUAACAGUGGACUGUCUGUUCCAUGAGAUCCAGGGACUACUGGACUGUCCUCGCAAUACAGAAGCAGUCCGUACGAUUUGGAGCCAUCUGAACAUACAGCCAAUGCUGGAACCACUAAAAGAUUCAUUAAUAAAUAAAUGGCAAUGCGCAUUAUCAAAACUUGCAAAACCAUCUCUAGGCAAAAUGGCAGAGUCCAGUGUUCAUAGUAAUCCAAGGAUGAGAAAAUUCUUCACUGUUGUCAGUGGCAAUACCUUGGAUUUUCAUAAGGACUUUUUGGAACAACUCACCAUGCAACGAGACUUUACUGAAGUGAUGACCCCGGAGAAGAGUGAUGUCAUCAUAACUUUCUGUCCUAUCGUCAGUCGUGCUGGGACUGAUAUUGAAGCAGCACUGCAGGAGAUCCCAACUGGUAAACGUGUUGUUUUGGUGGCGAUGCAUCAUUCCUUCAACCCAGACUGCGCAGUACCUGACAGUAGCAGAGUGGUGACCAGAGGUGAUAUUCUAACAGUGGACUGUCUGUUCCAUGAGAUCCAGGGACUACUGGACUGUCCUCGCAAUACAGAAGCAGUCCGUACGAUUUGGAGCCAUCUGAACAUACAGCCAAUGCUGGAACCACUAAAAGAUUUAUUAAAUAAAUGGCAAUGCGCAUUAUCAAAACGUGCAAAACCAUCUCCAGAUUCUGCACCUCAACCUGAAGAAUCGGUUGUGACGGGAUGGAAUGCACAGGAUAACGAGCAGCAGUCUGCCCAUUGUUUGGGUUUUCAUCACUGAUUAUUUGGAUGUACCAGGAUUGGGCGAAGGUGGUGCUUAAACGUCGACUACUCUGUGCAUGUAGGGGGGGGGGGGGGUGUUUAACAAGUGACAUCAAUAAGGGAUCAUAGCUUUCACCUGGUCAUUCUAUUAAUGUUUAGUACAAUGACCAUUUUAUUCCAAAACAGUCACAUUGUUGUGAUGUGAAACUUCAGACACUUUUUGCUGAUCAAAAUAAUGUUUUAGUUUGAAAAUGCUAACAUAAGCGCUUCUUGGUAGUGACUUUUCUACCAAAACCAAAGUGUGGAUUGUCGUCCCUCCUUAGAGCAGUCUGAUCUCAGUUAACCCAGAACCUAAAUAUUUCUAAUUUGGUGAGCUGUGUGAUUAAGGUCUGGGUCCACACCUGUUAGAAAUUGGGAGUUUCGGUUUGCGAAGUCUAUACUCUAUAACCUGUACUAUACUCUAUAACAAAACAAUUGCACUGAUAUACAAUAUCAAAUCAAACUUUAUUUGUCACGUGCCGAAUACAAGUGUAGACCUUACCGUGAAAUGCUUACUUACAAGCCUUUAACCAACAGCGCAGUUCAAGAAGUGUUAAGAAAAUAUUUACCAAAUAAACUAAAGUAAAAAGUAACACAAUAACGAGGCAUGGACUCACAAGUUGUCGAAAGCGGUCUACAGGAAUGCUGGCCCAUGUUGACUCCAAUGCUUCCCACGGUUGUGUCAAGUUGGCUGGAUGUCCUUUGGGUGGGGGACCAUUCUUGAUACAAAUAUGGGAAACUGUUGAGCAUGAAAAACCCAGCAGCAUAGCAGUUCUUGACACACUCAAACCGGUGUGCCUGACACCUAACUACCAUACCCCGUUCAAAGGCACUUCAAUCUUUUGUCUUGCCCAUUAACCCUCUGAAUGGCACACAUAUACUAUCCAUGUCUCAAUUGUCUCAAGGCUUAAAAAUCCUUCUUUAACCUGUCUUCUCCCCUUCAUCAACACUGAUAGAAGUGGAUUCAUCAAGUGACAAUAAUAAGGGAUCAUAGCUUUCACCUGGUCAGUCUAUGUCAUGGAAAGAGCAGGUGUUCCUAAUGUUUUGUACACUCAGUGUAUAUCAAACCGUAUUUUGGUGAAUGGUCUGUAUAGUCAUCGUUUCUUUAUAACUUUUACAGAAACAUAUCAUGAGCCUUAGACUCACACGAGAUAAUCAGCAAAAAGUUAGGAGACGAAUCCUGGCGCAGGUGUAAAUUCAACACUCAUGUAGGGUCGGCAGGUAGCCUAGUAGUUAGAGCGUUGGGCCAGUAACUGAAAGGUUGCUCGAUCGAAUCCCCGAGAUGACAAGGUACAAAUCUGUCGUUCUGCCCCUGAACAAAUGCAGUUCAUAGGCCGUCAAUGUAAUUAAGCAUUUGUUCUUAACUGACUUGCCUAGUUAAAUAAAGUUUAAAUAAUGUCACACAUGUAUACCCAUUUAAUCAUGUGUUACCCAUAAAGAAUAUAUUCUACAGGUACAUAUAUCACAUUGUGAAUAUGGUCAUGGCCUUGUACCAUUUUUAAGAUGUACAAAAGAAUCUGUGCAUUUUGUUUUGAUCAGAGUUGCACUAAUGUGUCAUGAUGUCUAUGAGGAACGAACUUAAAUCUCAAAAAGGAUGUUAUCACGUGAGCCUACUCAGCCUUGUCUUUGGAUAAUAAAAUGGAUUAUGAAAUUAAA